CAGACUCUAUAAAAGGUGGAGGCAGCGGCGCUGGCUAUUGUUCACGGAUCGAGCGGCGGAGAGUGGUCAGUGUGGGUCUGGACAGAGACCGUGAGGAUUUACUGAAAUGGAAGAAAAGCCUGACUUUAGCGAGGUUGCCUCCUUUGAUAAAAGCAAGUUGAAAAAGACUGACACAGAAGUGAAGAAUACUCUCCCCACAAAAGAAACUAUUGAUCAAGAGAAGAAGGCAGAGAGCAACUAGUUCAUAGUCAUACCUGAUGAGUCAACUCCAUCCAUGGCUGGAAGAAUCUCUAGGGUGCUUUUUUCUUUUUUUAAAGAAACAAAAUCACUGAUCUAUACUGUGAACUGAACUACUGACCGAAGUGAAGUAUUGCAAAGUAAGGAUUUUGGGGCGGCUUAUCCCCUGCUUAGUCAUUUCUGCUGUGGUCCUCAUGCAUUCCUCAGUACUGUAAAAGAAAUGAAUAAUAAAAAUUCAAUUUGUGCAGAA